CCAGAUUGUAUCAGUUGGGUUGCUAUGCGGCUCUCUGGCUCUGAUGGAAGGCGGCUCACAUACCGGACUUCUCCACGGGUUCGUGCGUCGCUGUUGCUACUCGGCGCGAUAGUCCUCUUGGUGUACUUCGCCGAGACUCUCUUUGUGGUUUGUCGGGGCUCUAUGGACAGUCGCGCUGUGCGACAUGCAAUACCCUCUGGUAAAGGGCUUCGAGCAAAGCCUUUCGUCCCUUCAAGGUCUGGGGUUGCCCCUUCUAGUGGCCUUAGGAUGACCCUGCCGUAUGGACUGGAGGCCCUCGAGCCGGUCAUCUCGGCAGCAACUGUGGAUUUCCAUUACAAUAAGCAUCACCAGGGUUACAUCCAGAAGCUCCUCGACGCCACUGGUUUGCCGGAAUCGCGAAUCAAUUUGAAGUCCCUGGUUACUCUGGGGCCUGACCGAGCUGGGGAGAAUGUGUUCAAUGCUGCUGGGCAGAUCUACAAUCACAACAUGUACUGGUUGUCGAUGGUCCCAACCUCGGGCAGUGGACGACAUGUCCCUCCCCGUCUGUUGAAGCUGAUACGUGCUAGGUGGGGGAACGUUGAUGAGAUGAAGGAGAACUUCAUGCGAAAGGCAACGGCACUGUUUGGGAGUGGCUGGAUUUGGUUGGUGUGGGAUACCCGGGAGAGGCGAUUGGACCUCGUAGGGACGAAGGAUGCCCAUAGCCCCCUCAGUGAAGACGCUGGGAAAAUUCCACUCUUCACUUGCGAUGUAUGGGAGCAUGCUUACUACCUCGACUACCAGCACGACAGGGCAGCGUAUUUGACGAGAUGGUGGAGUCUCAUUAACUGGGAAUUCGCAGAUUCGAACCUACCAAGUGAUAUCGAAUAA